GAGAGAAGAGUGAGAAGAGAGCGGGGAGGUUGAAUUUUUGUCAAAAUAUUUCUCACGGGAAAAUUAAAAUCCUGACCUGAUGUCGAGAUCCACGACCGCCUCACAGCUCCCGGGAACGGGGGGGAGGGGGGAAUCCCGGGCUUGGACCCAAAGAGGGUGAACUCCGAACUGUUCACCCUGACGUACGGCUCGCUAAUCUCCCAACUGAUCAAGGACACGGACUCCAACACUGACGAAGUGAACAAACAACUCGAGAGGAUCGGCUACAACAUCGGGAUGCGGUUGAUUGAGGACUUUCUCGCGAGGAGUGGGUACGGCAGGUGCAAUGAUCUGAGGGACACGGCGGAGAAGGUGCAGACCGCCCUCAAGCUCUACACCCCCCUCUCGCCCGUCUCCCUCACGCAAAUCACCUCUGACGAGUUCACCCUCUUGUUCGAAGGCCAUCAUCCCUUCGCCGAGUUCGCCGAGCUCCCUGACAACCUACUAAACCUAAAAUAUGCAAAUAUCCUGCCUGGGAUUAUCCGUGGGGCGUGCGAGAUGGUGCAGAUGGAGGUCGUCGCUUGGAUUGAGAAGGAUACGCUCAAAGGGGAUGCGGCCACGGAGGUUAAAGUGCGGUUCGUGAGGAAGCUGGUGGAUGCGUUGCCCAGCGGGGAGGAUUGAGGAUUAUUUUUUGGAAUUUUUCGUGGUACGGAACAUCGUGGUUUCCUGUUUGGCAUAGAGUUUCCACAGCGGGAAGUUUAAAUUUUACUAUUUAUUUAUGUUAGUCAUACUCUUUUUCCAAGUGAAUAAAUCGAAAAUUAAAAAUGUC